AUGUCACGGUUGCAGAAGCUACUCUGUCCAGAUUUAAAUCAGAAUGAAAGCACACUUUUGGUGAAGUUAGAAAACUUCCUAAAACUGGUAAAGUGCUUUGGACCAUUUGGAGAAACCAACGGACAGUGUUAUACGCUGACACAGUUUGAAAAGUUUCUAACGCAGUCUGCACGCAAGAUUGGAACGUCAAAAAUCAGCUGGUUUGCGGGAGACAUAAGUAGGGAACAGGCAGAAGUCUAUCUGGAGGGUCAGCGUAAGGGCACAUACCUGUUACGGCUAAGCCAGUCAGAGUUUGGGGCCUUCGCCUUGUCUGUGGUAGCGGUCGAAGGAGAGCCACCGCUUCAUGUAAUGUUUAAGUUUGAGAAGGAUUCAGGUGACAGUGCCGAGUACAUCUGGUUUAACCGUAAACACUACAGCGCUCUCAAAGUCAUCGAGUAUUGCCAGCGUGAACUAUUUGACGAUGAUUACCGAGACCUUCGCUGUAGGUAUGAAUGCCCCAACCUGCCGUUCAACAGCAUUGUCACAGGCUACCGUGGAAGAAACAAGUAGUGCGACUGUAUACUGGGUAGUGGUGCUCUUUCCACAAAGCAAUUUAGUCGGAAGCCCCAAAAUAAUCUUUUUGUGGGAUUUUCGGUCAUCGGAGUAAAUUCACAUGGGAAUUAUUCAUGCGUGUAUUUUAUUGCACUGUGUCUACAAAGUUUGCAGCAAUACUCUAAAUUUAGAGGGAUACACAUCCGUUCAUACUACACAAAGAGUUGAUUGUGUGCUGUCUGCAUAUUUAGGACUAAGCUGUAAUUUAAGUAUGAGUAGAGGGAUACUUCCCUUACCUAUAUAGGCAAUGUGGGCAAAAUAUAUUCUCAUACAUUUCUGCCGACGAUUCGUGAAACUUGGAUGAUUUGAACUAAACACAUAUCACAUGUCAUGCAAGUUAUGUGUGAAGAUGAAACUGGUUAUUUGAAAGGUUGAUUUAUAUAUAAAAUGUGCUGACAUCUUCAGUUUUGGCUAAGCAGGCGUGUUUAUGUGUUAGCAGUGGAUAGUACUCCAGGACCUCAGCAAAAACAGUAUUGUCCUUUCUGUGUGGCUUCCAUUGUUCUCAUUAUAUCAGCAUUUACCUGGCUCAGCUCUCUAUCAAAGUUCAACUGCUCUUUUUAUCUGAAUUUUACAUGGCUGUGCUCUCUAUAUAUAACUUCCACAGUCCACAUUACAGGAGUAUUUACUUUAUAGUGCUCUCUCUAUAUAUUUUCCGCUAUCCUCAUUAUAUCGGUAUUUACCUUCUUGGGCUCUCUAUAUAUCGUCUUGUGCUCUCUAUGUAGCUUCCACUACAUCCUCAUUGUGUUAGUAUUUACCUUUUUGUGUUCUGUGUAAGUCGUCUUGUGCUCUCUAUAUAUCUUCCGCUAUCCUCAUUACAUCAGUAUUUACCUUCUUGGGCUCUCUAUAUAUCUUCUUGUGCUCUCUAUGUAACUUCCACUAUAUUCUCAUUAUGUAAGUACGUACCUUCUUGUGUUCUGUGUAAGUCGUCUUGUGCUCUCUAUAUAUCUUCCGAUAUCCUCAUUAUUUUUGUGCUCUCUAUGUAGCUUCCACUACAUCCUCAUUGUGUCAGUAUUUACCUUUUUGUGUUCUGUGUAAGUUGUCUUCUGCUCUCUAUAUAUCUUCCGCUAUCCUCAUUACAUCAGUAUUUACCUUCUUGGGCUCUCUAUAUAUCUUCUUGUGCUCUCUAUGUAACUUCCACUAUAUUCUCAUUAUGUAAGUACGUACCUUCUUGUGUUCUGUGUAAGUCGUCUUGUAGCUUCCACUACAUCCUCAUUGUGUCAGCAUUUACCUUUUUGUGUUCUGUGUAAGUCGUCUUGUGCUCUCUAUAUAUCUUCCGCUAUCCUCAUUAUAUCAGUAUUUAACUUCUUGUGCUAUACAUACAUCCUCAUUAUUAUAUCAGCACUUAUCUCCUUGUCCACGGUCCAUGUAUAGUUAAUAACUACAUUAUAUCGGUAGUUAUCUUUAGCUGGCCAUCAUAAACAGCUUACAUGUUUGGGCUCAGAGUUUGUCUUUUUUCGUCGUUUUACAAGAGUUACGUUAAAAUAUGUAUAAAAUGUCUGUACUGGUCUUCCAUAGCUUUUACUCGUUGAUGUUAUCCAGUGUAGGCCUUUAUUCAGGGUUUUUGUUACAAAUAUUCACCGUUUUAUUUUUAUUUUUUUUCGUUUGACUGUUUGAAACUAGGCUUUCUCGGUAUGAACCUAUUAAGGUGUAUACUUCUGUUAUGAGAUUAAAUAUAGAUUAUUUCUCUAAUUUAUGACACGGUGAUUCUCUCUGAUCUUGCCCAAAUUAAAGAAGAUAUCUGAUUAAAAAUAUCUCGAUUAGUACUCAAUAAAAGACUGUUAUACAUUUCUCCAUAUAGAGGUGCUGAGUAAUGUUUGGAUUAGAAAAUUGAAUAAGGUCUGGAUGAGAAAAUUUUGUACGGGUUGGAUGAGAAAAUUGAGUAAAGUUUGGAUGAGAAAACUGACUAACGCUUGGAACAGAAGACUGAGUAAGAUUUGGAUCAGAAAACUCAGUAGAAUUUGCAAGAAAAUUAAACUGAGUAAGGUUUGGAUGAGAAAACUGAGUAAGGAUUGGAUGAAAAAACUGAGUAAGGUUUGGAUCAGAAAAUUGAGCUGAGUUCACGGGAAAAAGGUACAAAAUGAUUUGGACUGAUAUCUGUGGGAAAGUAAUGAGAAUGAGAAAGUUUGGGAUAGUGUGAUCGUAAAAGCUGAGAAAGUAUUGGAAAGUUUGGGAUGGUGUGAUCGUAAAAGCUGAGAAAGUAUUGGAAAGUUUGGGAUGGUGUGAUCGUAAAAGCGGAUAAAGUAUUGGAAAGUUUGGGAUGGUGUGAUCGUAAAAGUGGAGAAAGUAUUGGAAAGUUUGGGAUGGUGUAAUCGUAAAAGCGGAUAAAGUAUUGGAAAGUUUGGGAUGGUGUGAUCGUAAAAGCGGAUAAAGUAUUGGAAAGUUUGGGAUGGUGUGAUCGUAAAAGCUGAGAAAGUAUUGGAAAGUUUGGGAUGGUGUGAUCGUAAAAGUGGAGAAAGUAUUGGAAAGUUUGGGAUGGUGUAAUCGUAAAAGCGGAUAAAGUAUUGGAAAGUUUGGCAUGGUGUAAUCGUAAAAGCGGAUAAAGUAUUGGAAAGUUUGGGAUGGUGUGAUCGUAAAAGCGGAUAAAGUAUUGGAAAGUUUGGGAUGGUGUGAUCGUAAAAGCUGAGAAAGUAUUGGAAUGUUUGGGAUGGUGUGAUCGUAAAAGUGGAGAAAGUAUUGGAAAGUUUGGGAUGGUGUGAUCGUAAAAGAGGAGAAAGUAUUGGAAAGUUUGGGAUGGUGUGAUCGUAAAAGCGGAUAAAGUAUUGGAAAGUUUGGGAUGGUGUGAUCGUAAAAGCUGAGAAAGUAUUGGAAAGUUUGGGAUGGUGUGAUCGUAAAAGUGGAGAAAGUAUUGGAAAGUUUAAGAUGGUGUGAUCGUAAAAGAGGAGAAAGUAUUGGAAAGUUUGGGAUGGUGUGAUCGUAAAAAUGGAGAAAGUAUUGGAAAGUUUAGGAUAGUGUGUAAAUAUGGUCUUACAUAUUUCAUUCGACCUUUUGAAGGGGAAGGAUGUCUUUGUAUUUUGCUUGUCAUGACCUGGAAUGCUUUUGCAAUAAUAUCGGUCAUUUAUUUUAUUAUUAUAAUAUUUUCUGUAACAUGUAUAUCACUGUCACAGUAUUGUUAAUAAAAUUUACAUAUAUCAAAUUUA